AUGCCGCUCAAAUCUCGUUGGCAGACAGAAAAAAUCCCCGACACUCACCUAGCUUCCUUACUCUUCACCUCACCUACUCACCCUCUAUCCAAAACUCGCCAGUGCUACAUCGAUGCCGAUAACCCAGAAACCCGCUACUUCACCACCCAUGACUUCCGCCUCUGGUGCCAACGAUUCGCGGCGGGAUUGCGCAAAUCCGGUCUCCAGACAGGGGACCGGGUGCUGCUGUUCUCCGGCAAUGACUUAUUCUUUCCCGUUGUCUUUCUGGGAAUCAUAAUGGCUGGUGGUGUUUUCUCGAGCGCAAACCCGACAUAUGUAGCGCGGGAGCUGGCAUAUCAGUUUCAGGAUAGCGGUGCGACUUACCUUCUCUGUGCGGAGUCUAGUCUGGAUACUGGCAUCGAAGCGGCCAGACUAGCUGAAGUGAGCAAGGAUCGAGUCUUCGUUUUCAACAGUGACGUCUAUGACGGGCUGGGUCAGGGGCAGAAAGGCUGUCGCCACUGGGGAGAACUGGUAGCAUCUGCAGAAGAAGGAAGCAAAUUCGUCUGGGAAGAACUGUCAACCCCAGAGAUGUCCAGCCGCACACUUGCCCUCAACUAUUCCAGCGGAACAACAGGAAAGCCUAAGGGCGUGGAAGUUUCGCACAAAAACUAUGUGGCUAACACACUGCAGACAGCAUUCAUGUCGCAGUUGAGCCCGGAGUACGAAGCAAAAAUGGCCAAGGCGCGGUCGCUCUGCUUUCUGCCUAUGUACCAUGCUAUGGGACAGACACGAUUCAUUGCCAACGCUUUGCGCUCUGGGACGCCGGUGUAUAUUAUGCCCAAGUUCGAUUUUAUCAGGAUGCUUGAGUAUGUGCAGAAGUUCCGCAUUACCGAACUUGUCCUCGUGCCUCCGAUUAUGGUAAGGCUGGCGAAGCAUCCAGCCGUCAGAAGUGCGAAAUAUGACUUGAGUAGCGUGGAGGCAAUCCGUUGUGGUGCGGCGCCUGUGGGACGGGAGAUUUGUAGGGAAAUCGAGGAUUUAUGGAAGCCCGGGAGGGUUAGUAUAAAGCAGGCAUGGGGGAUGACUGAGGUGACAUGCUCGUUUCUGGGAUGGGACCCUAGAGACAAGGCCGAUCCGGCAUCUGUGGGAGUGUUGUACCCCAAUUGCGAGGCCAUGAUCAUAGCCGAUGAUGGUAAGACGGAAUUGGGCACGCAUCAACGUGGGGAAUUGUGGGUUCGAGGGCCAAGCGUCAUGAGAGGAUACUGGCAAAAACCUCAAGCCACACAAGAGACCAAAACAGUGGACGGAUGGUUGAAGACGGGAGAUAUCGCAUAUAUGGAUGAUGAUGGGAGAUUCUAUGUCGUGGACCGGAUAAAGGAACUGAUCAAAGUCAAAGGCAACCAGGUAGCGCCAGCAGAGCUGGAGGGACUCUUGCUGGAGCAUCCUGCAGUCGCCGAUGUUGCCGUCAUUGGAGUACCUGUGAAUGAUGACGAACGUCCUCGUGCAUACGUCGUAUCGAAGCCCGACCAUGGCGCCACAGCAGAUGAUAUUAUCAAGUUCAUGGAUGGGAAAGUGACCGCCGUCAAACGUAUAACUGGUGGCGUUGUCUUUAUAGAUGCUAUUCCUAAGAAUCCUUCAGGCAAAAUUCUACGUAAGGAGCUUCGUGAGCGGGCCAGGAAGGAGUUGAAGGGAGUUACUGCGAAGCUGUGA